AUGCCACUGGAACAGGGCCUAUCACGAGAAAUAACCAGAGUAGCUACGAAAACGUGCCUAGGGUUAUCAAUAGAGUCCACAGAUUACUGUAGCUUGUCAGUUAAUUUUAUGUAUUUACAGUCGAUGCCGUACAUUCCGUCGGUGUCAUCCGCAGCUGCGGCCAAUAUGUCAUCGGUGGCGAACAUGACGGCAGCUUACUUCAACUCGAAAAGUGCCGCCUAUGGAGCUCCACAUCUUGGUUUUCCAACAGCACCCACACACAACUUUCUACCAACUGGUAUGGGUUACAUUGGAGGAAGUUUGGCGGAAUGUCAACCUGCUGGUCUUGCAUGGAACGCUGGAGGACCACCAAGGAAGCAGCGACGGGAACGUACUACGUUCACUCGAAGCCAACUGGAAAUUCUGGAACAUGCCUUCUUGAAGACAAGAUAUCCGGAUAUUUUCAUGAGAGAGGAUAUGGCGCUAAAGAUUCAGCUGCCCGAGAGUCGUGUACAGGUACACUUUGCAUGGUUUGCUAAGCUAUUUCAGGUAUGGUUCAAAAACCGUCGCGCAAAGGCUCGCCAGCAGAAGAAAUCUCAGCAGAACAGUUCGGGUGGUAGCAGCGGGUCAUCGUCUACCGAAGGCACUAACUCAACUACCGAUGGUGAUGUAAAUGUAAGAUACACAUCAAGGACGGCAGAUGUCUAUAAAUGCUUAUUUUCUCAGAGGUCUAAAUAG